AUGGCCACAAUACCAAAAUCUAUUUAUCACAGCGAGAGGCCUAUAAGAGCUCCAGUUGAAGGCGCUCAUUUGAACUGUUCAACCGCAGAUGCGGGUGAAAGCGGAGAACAGGGUAGAAAUACGCAUAGCCUGUUGCGUGAUUUAUUUGACAUGCACGAAGUCAGGAAAGACAAUUGUGAGCAUCAGGUCGAGGUACAAGGUGAGGAAGAACACAUUGUGCAUGAUGAAGUGGAUGAAUGUGACGUACAAAAGUACGAGUACUUACUUAAAAAUGCAGACAAGCCGCUUCAUGAGAAGACGAAACACAAAAAACUGAGUGCUACUGUACAUUUGUAUAACUUGAAGUAUGUGGGUGGAGUUAGUAAUAUGAUAUUCUUGUCUUUCCUAAAUUUCAUGAAUCAGUUGCUUCCUGUAGAUGAUGGGGCUUUGCCAAUUGAUACAUAUGAGGGCAAUAAGGAUUUAGAUUUAUGUGUUAAAUGUGGAGAAUCUAAAUGGAAUGAUGAAAUCCAUUUAGACGAGGAUGGGCAGCCCAUAACAUCGAGUAAGCGACGUCUAGUGAAGGUGUUGCAGUGGUUUCUAAUCAUACCACAAUUACAGAGGCUGUUUAUGUCGCAGCAUACCGUGCCUCAUAUGAGAUGGCAUGCAAACGGCCGCACAAAAGAUUGUGUAUUAAGGCAUCCGGUCGAUGGUUCAAGUUCACCUGGAAUGGAUAUAGAUGUUUACCUGCAACCUUUAAUUGAAGAAUUACAUAAAUUAUGGAAUAUAGGAGUACAAACAUUUGAUAUCUCACUGAAAAAGAAUUUUAUGCUCAGAGCACAGUUGAUGUGGACAAUUAAUGACUUCCCCGCAUACGAAAACUUGUCCGGGUGGCCUACUGGGGGUGGAAAGGCAUACCCUUGCUGUAUGCAUGCAACAAAGUUUAGACGGUUAGAACACGAAAAUAAAUUUCGCUUUAUGGGGCAUAGGCGAUACUUGCCCAUGGAUCAUGCGUGGAGGUGGAACAAAAGAACUUUUGACGGUAACCAAGAACUAGAAUGUGCCCCCAAUAUGCCAGGUGCAGAUGAAAUUCUAAAACAGUUAGAAGAGAUGGUAUUUGGGGAUGAGAGCGCCGAGAAAAAUGUGAUGGACAACAUAAUAGGCACACUACUGGGCAUCAAAGGGAAAACGAAGGACAACCUUGAAGCGCGUAAAGACUUGCAAGAAAUGGGUUUGAGACCUAAACUUCAUCUGUUCACGAAAGAUGAGAUAAUCUAUAUGCCCCCAGCUUACCACACGAUGUCCAAUGAAGAUAAAAACUAG